UGUCACGUGAUUACCCCGGAUGUCAACAAAACUGUGGUUGAAGUUGUCUCUGGUUUUAGCGAUGUUUUUUUAUCAUUUAGUAACAUUUUAUUGUUGAAAACGUGGUUGAUAUGAAAGUAUAGCGGUUAUUUAAGUUUGUAGAUCUAAAGGAAGGAUUUGAAAAUGCGCCCUGACUCGCCUCUGUCCAGCGUCAACGUAGUGCUGGUGAUGGCCUAUGGAAGUCUGGUGUUUGUUCUGCUGUUUAUCUUGGUGAAGAGGCAAGUCAUGAGGUUUGCUAUGAAGACUCGCAGAGGACCGCACGUACCUCUGGGUCAUAACGCACCAAAGGACCUGAGGCAGGAAAUAGACGCCAAACUAAAUAAAGUACAGAAAAUCCAGUUUGAACCUCGUCUGAUUUCUCCUGACGAUGAGAGACUAAAAUACAGAGGACAAAAUGGUUGCUAUGAUUACAUCUACAGGAUGAGGGCUCUGGAUGCCAUCAGAGACGCCGGUGAGGUGUUCUCUUUCAUACUAGUAUUGUUCCUUCCUGCUUCAGAUGCACCAGUGUUUUGUGUUGGUGAUGCAUUGCUGUACCCUCACUUUGUCGCUUCUGAUUGUUUGAUAGAUUUCCCCUUCCACGAACUGGGCGGUACGUCGACGGCUGUGACAGGGAAGCGCUUCAGGACCUGGCUGCUGGAGCUGCGCAACUCCCACUCCUUCUUCUGCAGCACCAACCGGCCGCUCAUCGACAGGGUGCUGGAGGGGUACAACUGUGCACGCCACGGCCCGGAGGAGUUUGGCCAGGCAGAGUAUUUGAAAUACCAGGAGGCUCUUACUGAACUGGCCUCUGUUGUGAAGUCCUUUGCCAGCUGCAGCACUCUGAACCUGGAUCACCAGUCUGCCGCAAGGGACUUGAGCUACAGCCCGGAGCCCGCGACCUCUGACCCUCCGACCCAGAGCAGCGCCCUCAUGGCGCCGGGGACCCACCAGCAGCGGAGCAAGCUGCCAAAGCACUUCCUGGAGCUGAAGAGCUUCAAAGACAACUACAACGCGCUGGAAAGUGUGCCCUGAACGGAACUCUGUUUGAUCCCUCCUGUGGCGGUCCCUGGGAGGUCAGAGUCAAUGUUGUAGCGCGCUACCACUUAGAUGAAAGUGCCUAUUGGUCUGGAGAUGGAGAACAGGAUGCACACCUUUGGUGGAAGGUAUUACUACUGCCUUAGUGAACUACUGUGGGGGGGUCACCCUUCAUGGUGUUAAUACAGCCUUAUAGUAUUAAUACACCACUUUUGGUUUGAACUAAGCAUUGCACUGCAGUUCACUGAUAAGGUUCUGUUUACAUUAACUUAACUUAGUAUUAUUGUUAUGAUAUGUGAACCGAAUAGAUGGUGUGUAUGAAUAUUUAGCCAAACAAAAUAUUAUGCAAUGCUAUGAGACAAUCAGUGUUAAUUGCAUUAAACAAUCUUUCAGAAAU